AUGACGUCCCAUGCCAGGACACGGACCUUCGUUUUUCUAUGCUGCUUCCUUUCCACGUUGGCUCGAGCGCCACAGUCUCACGGCGCCGGUUCCCAAGUGAUCACGGCGUCCCUCGAGGAGGAAGGGUACGCGUCAUUUCACGCCGAGAAUCCCGAAUGGACAUUCAACCAUUUGGCGGUGGACUAUCGCAAUGGCAACGUUUAUCUGGGAGCGGUCAAUCGCAUAUAUAAACUGUCGCCGGGAUUGGAGGUGCAAGUGUCUCACGAGACCGGGCCAGACGAGGACAACCGCAAGUGCUACCCGCCGCGGAUCGUGCAGCCUUGCAGCGAGCCGCUCACGCUCACCAACAACGUCAACAAGAUGCUGCUGAUGGACUACCGGGAAAACCGGCUGCUGGCAUGCGGCAGCCUCUACCAGGGUAUCUGCAAACUGCUGCGCCUGGACGACCUCUUCAAGCUCGGAGAGCCCUUCCACAAAAAGGAACAUUACCUCUCUGGGGUCAACGAGAGCGGUUCGGUGUUUGGCGUCAUCGUUUCCUACGGCAACGCCUCCCCCGACAUGUUGUUUGUCGCCACUGCGGUGGACGGCAAGCCGGAGUAUUUCCCCACCAUCUCCAGUCGCAAGUUAGCGAGGAAUUCCGAGGAGGAUGGGAUGUUCGCCUACGUCUUCCAUGAUGAGUUUGUGGCCUCCAUGAUUAAGAUCCCCUCAGACACCUUCACCGUCAUACCGGACUUUGACAUUUACUACAUUUACGGCUUCGCAAGUGGAAGCUUUGUCUAUUUCCUUACAUUGCAGCCUGAAAUGGGGGGCGGCCCCACCACCGGGUCCUCUUCCGCGGGUCGAGAACAGGUGUACACCUCCAAGAUAGUCCGCCUGUGUAAAGCAGACACCGCCUUCAACUCGUACGUGGAGGUGCCCAUCGGCUGCGUCAGCAACAAUGUGGAGUACCGACUGCUGGAGGCGGCCUAUUUAUCCAAAGCGGGCGCCAUCUUGGCGCGCUCGCUGGACGUUGCGCCGGAUGACGACGUCCUAUUCGCCGUCUUCUCCAAGGGCCAGAAGAGGCGGCCGCAGCAGGAAUCGCAGGACUCGGCCUUGUGCGUCUUCUCCCUGCGGAAAAUCAAUGAGCGGAUCAAGGACAGGUUGCAGUCGUGCUACAAGGGCGAGGGCACGCUAGACCUGGCCUGGCUCAAGGUUAAAGAUAUCCCCUGCAGCAGUGCGCUCCUGACCAUCGAUGACGACUUCUGCGGCCUGGACAUGAACGCGCCGCUUGGGGUGUCCGAAAUGGUGCGCGGCAGGCCUAUUUUCUCCGACGCCAACGACAAAAUGACCUCCGUCGUGGCCUACGUCUACAAGAACCACUCGCUGGUCUUCGUGGGCACCAAAAGCGGACGCGUAAAAAAGAUUCGAGUGGACGGCUCUUCCCGAUCCCUGCAGUAUGAGACGGUACAGGCAGUGGAAAGCGGACCUAUCCUCCGCGACAUGGCCUUCUCAGCUGAUCACCACUACCUCUACGUCAUGUCCGAGACCCAACUGUCUAGGAUGCCAGUGGAGGCCUGCGGUCAGUACUCUACCUGUAGCGAAUGUCUCGGGUCCGGAGAUCCUCACUGCGGCUGGUGUGUCCUCCAUAACACGUGCACCAGAAAGGAGAAAUGCGAGCGCUCGAUGGAGCCGCGCCGCUUUGCGUCCGACAUCAAGCAGUGCGUGAGGCUCACCGUGCACCCCAACAACAUCUCGGUGUCCCAGUUCAGCGUAACGUUGGUCCUGGAAGCCCACAACGUUCCAGAGCUGUCCGCAGGGGUUAACUGCACCUUCGAAGACCUGGCAGAGAUGAACGGGCUGGUGGAGGGCAACCGCAUCAAGUGCUUCUCCCCGGCCGAGAAGGAGAUGCCGCGUGUCGUCGUCGACAAAAGCGAUCACCAGAUCGUGCAACUCUACCUCAAGUCCAAAGAGACCGGCUUGGCCUUCGCCAACACCAGUUUUGUUUUCUACAACUGCAGCGUGCACAAGUCCUGUUUGUCAUGUGUGAGCAGCCCGUAUCAAUGCCACUGGUGCAAAUACAGACACGACUGCACACACGACCCGCGCACGUGCUCCUUCCAGGAGGGUCGAGUCAAGAAGCCAGAGUUGUGUAACUGUUUUUCUCAGGAGUGUCCCCAGCUGCUGCCGGCCGAGCGCAUCCUGGUGCCGGUGAACGUGGUGAAACCCAUCACGCUGCGGGCCAAGAACCUGCCCCAGCCUCAGUCUGGCCAGAGAGGCUACGAGUGCCUGUUGACCAUCCAGGGCAACGAGCACCGCGUCCCCGCCCUGCGCUUCAACAGCUCCUCGGUGCAGUGUCAGAACACAUCGUACUUCUAUGACGGGAUGGAGAUGAGCAGCCUUCCCGUGGAGCUGACCGUCAUCUGGAACGGCGACUUCAGUAUCGACAACCCCGCCCACAACAAAGUCCAUUUGUACAAAUGUGACGCCCAGCGUGGGAGCUGCGGCCUGUGCCUGAAGGCGGACCCGCUGUUUGGUUGCGUUUGGUGUAAAGGAGAGAACCGCUGCACACUUAAGCAGCACUGUCCGCACCCUGAGAACCAGUGGCUGGAACACAACGGCAUCAACAGCAAAUGUACACACCCUCGUAUCACGCAGAUUACUCCUCUACGGGGUCCCAGAGAAGGUGGCACCCUGGUGACCAUCCGCGGAGACAACCUGGGCCUGGAGUUUCGUGAGAUCCAGGGCAACGUGAGGGUGGCGGAGGUGGAGUGCACGCCCAUCCGAGAGGGCUACAUCCCGGCAGAGCAAAUCGUGUGCGAGAUGGGCCGCGCCGAAAAGAGUCAGUAUACAGGGAACGUCAAGGUGUGCGUCGGUAUGGGCGCGUGCCGGCCGGAAUUCACGGCCAAGUCGUCCAAAUACUACUACUUUGUGAUUCCAAGAAUCCACAGCAUCAAACCGAGCAGAGGGCCCGUCUCCGGGGGAACUGUGGUCAGCAUCAUGGGGAGCCACCUGGACGCUGGCAGCAACGUGUCCAUCAUGUUUAAGGACCAGCCGUGCACCUUUCUCAAGCGCGACGGCUUGUGGCUAACGUGCCGCACACACGCAUCACUACACGGCUACGGCAACGUGUCGGUGUCGGUGAGUAUCGACAAGGCACAGCUGCAGAGGGACCUGCGCUUCGAGUACGUGGAGGACCCCACCAUCACCAAGAUAGAGCCCGAAUGGAGUAUCUACAGUGGAAACACUCCGGUGACCGUGACGGGAACCAACUUGGACAUCAUCCAAACGCCGCUAAUCAGAGCCAAAUACAACAAUCACGAGACACUCAAUUUGUGCCAAGUCCUGAGCCGGACAUCCAUGGAAUGCCAGGCCCCGGAGCUUUCUAUCAGCCUUGCGCAUCAGCAGGAGGCGCCGGAGAGACCUGACGAGUUCGGAUUUAGGCUGGACGACGUGCAAGCAGUCAUGGUGCUCAACAACACCAAUUUUAUCUACUACCCCAAUCCCGAGUUCGAGCCUCUCAGUCCAUCCGGCGUUCUGGAGCUUAAACCCGGAUCACCCAUCAUACUGAAGGGGCGGAACUUCCUCCCACCCACCAGCACCGGAAACGGAAAGAUGAACUACACCGUACUCAUCGGAGAGAAGCCCUGCAUGUUGACGGUGUCCGACAGCCAACUGCUCUGCGAGUCACCCAACCUGACUGGUCGCCACAAGGUUCUGGCUCGCGUGGGGGGUAUCGAAUUUUCACCCGGCGUGGUUCACAUCACGUCGGACAGCCCGCUCAGCAGCACGGCCAUCAUCGGCAUCGCGGCUGCCGGUGCCCUUCUGCUCCUCGCCAUUGUCAUGGUGCUCAUCGCCUAUAAGCGCAAGUCUAGAGAGAGCGACCUGACGCUCAAGCGGCUGCAGAUGCAGAUGGACAACCUGGAGUCGCGGGUGGCGCUGGAGUGCAAGGAGGCUUUUGCAGAGCUACAGACAGACAUCCACGAGUUGACAAGUGACUUGGACGGCGCAGGGAUCCCUUUCUUGGACUACAGGACGUACACCAUGAGGGUUCUGUUCCCGGGAAUCGAAGAACAUCCCGUACUCAGAGACCUUGAGGUGCCAGGUUACCGACAGGAGCAAGUGGAAAAGGGCCUGAAGCUAUUCGGCCAACUGAUCAACAACAAAGUCUACCUUCUGUGCUUCAUCCGCACUCUGGAGGCUCAACGUGGCUUCUCCAUGCGCGACCGUGGCAACGUGGCCUCGCUCAUCAUGACGGUGCUGCAGAGCAAGCUGGAGUACGCUACCGACGUGCUCAAGCACCUUCUGUCCGACCUCAUCGACCGCAACCUGGAGAGCAAGAACCACCCCAAGCUCCUGCUCCGAAGGACCGAGUCCGUGGCGGAGAAAAUGCUGACAAACUGGUUCACCUUUCUUCUGUACAAGUUUCUCAAGGAGUGUGCGGGCGAGCCGCUCUUCUCGCUCUUCUGCGCCAUCAAGCAACAGAUGGAGAAGGGCCCUAUUGACUCCAUCACUGGAGAGGCACGCUAUUCUCUCAGCGAGGACAAGCUCAUCCGGCAGCAGAUCGACUACAAGACGCUGGUGGUAAAUUGCAUCCAUCCGGAGAACGAGAAGAGCCCGGAGAUCCAGGUGAAGGCACUCAACUGCGACACCAUCAGCCAAGUGAAGGAGAAGAUCCUCGAUGCCAUCUACAAGAACGUGCCACAUUCGCACCGCCUCAAAGCCUCUGAUAUGGACCUCGAAUGGCGUCAAGGCCGAGGUCAGCGUGUGAUCCUGCAGGACGAGGACGUCACCACUAAAAUCGAAGGCGACUGGAAGAGGCUCAACAUGCUGGCCCACUAUCAAGUGCCCGACAACGCCGUGAUGGCGUUGGUUCCCAAGCAAGUGACGGCGUAUAACUCGGUCAACAACUCCACUGUGUCCCGGACAUCAGCCAGCAAAUACGAGAACAUGAUCAAGUAUACGGGAAGCCCCGACAGCCUGCGUUCCCGGACGCCCAUGAUCACGCCCGACCUGGAGAGCGGCGUCAAGGUGUGGCACCUGGUGAAGAACCACGAACACGGCGACCAGAAAGAGGGCGACCGCGGAAGCAAGAUGGUCUCCGAGAUCUACCUGACCAGACUUCUGGCGACCAAGGGCACACUCCAGAAGUUUGUGGACGACCUAUUUGAGACCAUCUUCAGCACGGCACACCGAGGCAGCGCCCUGCCGCUCGCCAUUAAGUACAUGUUCGACUUCCUGGACGAGCAGGCCGACAAACAUAACAUCCACGACCCGCACGUGCGACACACAUGGAAGAGCAACUGCCUACCUCUGCGUUUCUGGGUGAAUGUGAUCAAGAACCCUCAGUUCGUGUUCGACAUCCACAAGAGCAGCAUCACCGACGCCUGCCUGUCUGUGGUGGCCCAGACCUUCAUGGACUCCUGCUCCACCUCGGAGCACCGCCUUGGGAAGGACUCGCCCUCCAACAAGCUGCUGUAUGCCAAGGACAUCCCCAGCUACAAGAGCUGGGUGGAGAGGUACUACUCAGACAUCGGCAAGAUGCCGGCCAUCAGCGACCAGGACAUGAACGCCUACUUGGCCGAACAAUCGCGCAUGCACAUGAGCGAGUUUAACAGCAUGAGUUCUCUGAGUGAGAUCUACUCCUACGUGGGAAAAUACACAGAGGAGAUUGUGUGCGCGCUGGAGCAGGACGACGCAGCCAGGAAGCAACGACUGGCCUUCAAGCUGGAGCAGGUGGUGGCCUUCAUGACUCUGGAGAGCUGA